GUUACCAAUACAAAUUAGGUUUGACUUGAAGCCAGUUGCUUUUCUAUCGUGUCGUCAAGACUUUGGCUGGCUGCGAGAUGAGAAUCUGCGGUGCCAUCGCACGACAACAUGCCGUUUCUUGCACGGUCUUGGUGGAGUUUCUGCUCGUUGUUGGAAUCCUUCUAUCUGCCUCUUUGUCAUCGGCGUCGGUGUCACCAUCAAGUCGGUCGAUAAAAACCAUUGAAUCCAUUAACGCAUCUGCGAAAGGCAGGAAACCGCGAGGAACAGCUGAAAAUGGGGGAGAAACUAGCGGCAAUGACGAAGAAUGCGGCUACUACGACCACGUUCCCUGGCUCGGCUCGGUCUCGUCCACCAACGGGCAGGGCAUCGACGAAGCGGCCCGGUACGAAGAGCUCCCGCCCAGCGUCUUUUCGCCAACGGGCCGCCUCCAUCCGGUAGAAGCGGCCGUUCGGGCCGGAAAGGUGGCAACGCCCUUGUCCAAUCUGCUCGUGGCAAUCAAGUGCCGCGACGGGCUGCUGGUAGUCUCGACCUAUCCCGUCUCCCCCAACGUCGAUGCGAGGAUCGCGUCUCUCGCCGGUUCGAACCAAACGAAUACAAUCAGCAGCGCGAGUAUCCAGCAAGGCAACGAUGACAACUCUGGUCAUAGCGACGAUGGAAUAGAAAGCAACCAAACGACAACCAACGAGACUUUGGAUGUCUCUGGCAGCAACAACAGCAACCCCCACACCGGAGAGGAAUCCCAUACUUACCCCUCUUUGUUCUUGUUCGAAGAGACGUGUGCCUCGACGUCGACCGGUCCCAUCUUCGACAUUCAUCCCUGUAUGGUGGGUGCCACGGCGGGGAACGCCGUGGACAAUCGUAUCUUGGGAGAAAAACUGCUGGACCUGGGUCUGGCCACCACCAACUUCGAGGAAGACGAUCCUCUCGCGGGAGCGGCAGAUCGGGUCGCCAAGGACCUAGCGAACCAACUGCAGGUAGUGACCCAGGAUAUUACAGCCACCCAGAAGCAACGGCUGGGGCGGAUGCUAGCGGUACGUUGCGAUUGUGAUGUUUGGUGUUGACAUGUAUGAUGUCAUGUACAUUUUCCGUGAAAGUGGAGUUCGUAUUCCAUACAUAAGAAGGCUUUCAAUGUGCCAAUAAAUUUAUUCCUUGUUGAUUUGUCCUCUACAUGCUCUUGCAUUUCCUUCUCACCAACGACCGACUGCUCAACCGUUGGUUUCGCUUCUCCGUUUGCGAAGAGUUCGGCCGUGGUCCUCGGAAACAAAAAACUCUGGAGGAUCGACCCGACGGGCCAGUUUUGGGACUGCCAGGCCACCGUGCUGGGACACGAUGCCGAUCGGGCCGAAGAAGCCUUCUGCUGUCGGCUGUUCGAGCAAUGCGAGAGAAGGCACGGUGAUGACAAAAACGGCAUCCACGACCCUCGCGAACUGCUUGAGUCCAUGACUCACGACGAAGCCUUCGAGUUCGCCAAAGAAUUCCUUCGGCACCAGACCGCGACCCAACGGCAGCCAAAGUCAAAUACUGCUUUGCGGUCUUCUGAUACCAAAGCAUCUAUUGAUGCAUCCGCGACGAAAGAAGGCGGUAUUGAGCUUCCGGUGACGGAGCUUUCUUCGCAAACGUAUUGGCAGGCAGUCAUUCUGGACUACGCAUCUCUGACAACGAGAGGAACGCCGAGACGAAUUCUCAGGCGGGGAUCAUUCGGCAUUCAGAACAAGGAGUAAGCAUUUUAGAAGCCAUCAACAGUAUUAUUUUUGUAAUACUUCCACAGUCCCUCCAAUGGUGAUGUCUUUUGAAACAAAAGGCAGUUGCUACGGAAGUACUGUAUCUAAGUAGUGGAAUGAGGUCGAUUGGGGCAUCGGUGUCUCAAUGUAUUUUAAAAUACUAGGUGUCUCUUACUUAAAUUCAUUCAUCCACAACACAUACUUCGGAAUCGUCUUUUGAUUUUAUUGCUUUCGUGGAAAUUGCUUCGCCGCCGUUGUUCUUACAAGAAGAUGAAUGAAUUUCUGGCCGAUGUGAGUGAUUCGUUGCCGCUGGGUGAAUUCGUUCGUGUGCUCCAAUUCGUUGGAAACAUAGGUCAAAGCAGAUCGGUAAUCUUUCACUAAAGUCGUUGUGAAAUCGUUUCUAAAUUUGAAUUACUGACAACCACACAGCAAGAUAAUCUAGGCAUCAUUUACGACGAUAUCAUUCGUGGUCCCAAUCAAAACACCUGUGUUUCGAGGCUUCUUCCCUAAGCGUUGCCGACCGGGUGCAACUUUAUGGCUCUGAAGUUCGAAUAAGGUGCAAUAGGUCCU